AUGGUGGAGAAGAGUCGCGAGUCUUGCGACGAGAGAGAGGAGGAGGACGAUUUGACGCCCAAUCCCGACGACGUGAGAGGAGGAGAUGACCAGAGUGAGGGCUACCACGAUGUUGUUUUGCAAGCUAGAUUUCGUUUAGAAUGUCAUGAUCAUGAUCAUCUUUCAGUUUUGGAACAAAUGUUUGGAGGUGGUGGCGGCGGUGAUAGAGGCAGUGACGGUGGUGGCGGAGGUGGUGGUGGCGGCAGUGGUAGAGGUGGUGGAGGCGGUGGUGGUGGUGGCGGCGAUGGUCGUGGUGUGGAUGGUGGUGGCGGUAGUGGAGGUCGUGGUGGCGGUGGUGAUGGUGGUGGAGGUCGUGGCAGUGGCGAUGAUGGUGGUCGUUGUAGCGGCGACGGUGGACGUCGUGGCAAUGGUGGUGGUGGUGGUGGUGACGAUGGUGGUGGCGAUGGUGGUGGUGGUGAUGGUGGUGGUAGUUGUGGAGGUCGUGGUGGUGGCGACGAUGGUGGUGGAGGUCGUGGUGGCGGCAAUGACGGUGGUCGUUGUGGCGGCAAUGGUGGACGUCGUGGCAAUGGUGGUGGUGGUGGCGGCGAUGGCGGUAGCAAUGGUGGUGGUAGUGGUGGAGGUCGUGGUGGCAGUGGCGAUGGCGGUGGUGGAGAUGGAGGUUGUGGCAGCGACGGUGGUGGUGGAUGUUGUGGUGGUGAUGGCGAAGGUGGUGGUGGUGGCGGCGAUGGUAAUGGUGGUGGUGGUGGCCGUGGCAGUGGUGGUCGUGGCAAUGGUGGUGAUGGUAGUAGUCGCGAUGAGGGUGGUCGUCGAGGCCAUGGUGGCGGAGGCGGCGAUGACGGCAGUGGUGGUGUUGGUGGUGCAGGAAUUUGA